GGGGAAUUGUGAGCCGACGCGCAGGCGCAGUGGCCCGGCGAGGCACAGUGUGUUUUCAAAAUGGCGGCAGCGAUGGAUGUGGAUACCCCCAGCGGCACCAACAGCGGCGCGGGCAAGAAGCGCUUUGAAGUGAAAAAGUGGAAUGCGGUAGCCCUCUGGGCCUGGGAUAUUGUAGUUGAUAACUGUGCCAUCUGCAGGAACCACAUUAUGGAUCUUUGCAUUGAAUGUCAGGCCAACCAGGCAUCUGCUACUUCUGAAGAAUGUACUGUUGCGUGGGGAGUCUGUAAUCAUGCUUUUCAUUUCCACUGCAUCUCUCGAUGGCUCAAAACGAGGCAGGUGUGUCCAUUGGACAACAGAGAGUGGGAAUUCCAAAAGUAUGGGCACUAGAAAAGACACUCCCUAAAACUUACCCGUGUGUUACUCGUGUAGCGACUCACCUUCCUGUUAAUUAUAAAUUAGAUAGAACUAUGGUUUUUUCUUUCUUUUGUUUUCGGUGUUUGCUGUUCCCAUAGCCAUGUUGUAUUUUGUGUCAAAUAAAGUCGUUAAGUUCAAGAA